AUGUCGACCGGCCCUUCUCUAGUUGUACCAGACGGCUUUACCCUGCACACGGAAAAUACUUCUCAUCUGCUGCUUUCCUCGAACGAAGCGUUCUUGAAUCCUGUCCAAGAGUUCAAUCGGGACCUCAGUGUCGCAUGUAUCAGAACAUGGAGCGAGGAACUCAAUUCAUUGAAGGAAACUCGAUGGAAACAGGCCCAAGAGAAGAAGGCUAAUAAGGCUAAUACUAGGAAGCGGCAGAAAGUUGAAAAUGGGGCCUCAGUAGCAACGGAACCGGCUGAACAAGAGGCCAAAGGCGACAACUCCGUUCCGGAGAAGAAGGAGCCCCAAUACAAGCCUUACAAAGCCGUCAUUCUUGAGGCAUUGUCUGCAACGGGACUUCGCUCUAUCCGUUACGCCAAGGAGAUACCGCUUGUAAAAUAUGUGAUCGCGAAUGACCUGUCUAGUGCGGCAACAGCUGCUAUGAAACGCAAUUUCCCAGGCACGGGUGAUGGGAAGAUACGAAUCAACGAAGGGGAUGCAUGUACUUUGAUGUAUAACCAUCGUGAGGAACGUCAACGUGUGGACGUUGUUGAUCUUGAUCCGUAUGGGACCGCCGCUCCUUUCAUCGAUGCUGCCGUUCAGAGUGUAAAUGACGGUGGUCUUCUUUGCGUCACUUGCACGGACCUCUCCGUGCUUGCUACUAACAACUACCCUGAGAAAUGCCUAUCCAAUUAUGGUGGUAUCCCUGUCAAGGCAGAAUACUGUCACGAAGCUGCGCUAAGGCUUGUGCUCCACGCUGUUUCAACUUCCGCUUCAAGAUACGGCCGUUAUAUUGAACCGUUGCUAUCGCUCUCAAUAGAUUUUUAUGUGAGGCUUUUCAUCAAGGUGCAUACAUCGGCAAUUGGAGUCAAAAAGGCACUCACGAAAACAUCUGCCUAUUUCGUUUGCACGUCGUGUCAAUCAUUCUACGAGCAGCCAUUGGGUAGGGUCACUGAAAAGAAACACGAAGCCUCCGGAAAUAUCAAUUAUAAUUUCAGGACACAUCCUGGUCCUGUGGUCUCCGACAGAUGUCCAGAAUGUGAAUCCGCUUUACAUAUAGCAGGUCCGAUGUGGUCAGGGCCUAUUCAUGACACGGAUUUUGUUGCCAAGGUGUUGGAGCAUGUCGAGGGGAACCCUGAUUCGUACGGAACGUCCGCCCGAAUGAAAGGAAUGCUCACCGUUGCGAAGGAGGAGCUGCACACACCGUUCUACUUCACGCCGACAAGGGUGGCGAGUUUUUUCCAUUGUCAAACACCGUCAUUAGAUGAGGUGGCUUCUGCUCUGUUGCAUGCGGGUUAUUCAAUUUCUAGGUCUCAUGCAACGCCUGGAUCUCUGAAAACGACAGCGACACGGGCGGACCUCCAUGAUAUAUUCCGAUCAUUUGUCAAAUUGCAUCCUGUCAAGUUAGAGAAUGUCUCGGAGACAUCUCCAGCUCGAAAAUUACUUGCCAAGGAACCCAAAACGGAGGCAAACUUCAAAAGACAUCCACAAUCUGUCACAACUUCGUCAAAGGUGAAGCUAGUGCGCUAUCAAGAGACUCCUCAAAAUUGGGGACCAGGUUCGAGAGCGGUGUCGGGAACAGGAUCUAAAAGAAAGCGCAAGGCGGAAGAUUGA